AUGAUUGCGAUCUGCAUCGCGUUUCAACUAUCGACCAUGGAAGACCUGGCAGUCAACGUUGGCCACCUGCCAUCGAUGUCGUCAAAGGCGAGAACGUCGAGUGGAGGAACGCGAUUGGCGCGUUGACGUCAUCGCUGCAUGCCCCAAGACCGUCUGUUUCACUGUCACCACCUUGACCCGCAUGCGUUCAUCCUCGACAAGUGUAUUCUGUCUGGCGCCCCUCGGCCCAUAUAGACACACUAUGGCACCCAGGAAACCCUUCCGUGCAGUCAUCUCGUCCCCCAUACCAUGUGGAUCGCCCAUUAUUCUGCAGGUCUCGUCGCAAAGGUCUUCGCACCAGGAGUCCCUCUGUGGCUCUUGACUUUAGCUUCUGAGAUAACAGAUGCCCAGUUCUUCGUGUUCAACUUGCUCGGACUCGAAUCCUGGUCCGUUGACCCCGCCUUAGCCAAGAAGGGCUGUUUUCCCUAUGCAACGAAUUAUCCAUGGAGUCACAGCUUAGCGGGAAUGGCCAUCACUGGCGUGGUUCUCGCCGGCCUCUACAAGGCGUACUCAUCCCGGAGGGUCACCGUUAAGGAUUUGCUCGCCAUCGUUCUCACCACCGUCAGCCACUUCCUCUAUGAAUGGCCUGCGCACCGUCAGGAUGUCAAGAUUGCUCCUCACGACAAAACGAGUUUUGGCGCUGGCCUGUUCGAUUACCCUGCUACGCUCUUCGUGCUCGAAACAGCGAUCUUCUUCGCUGGACUGAAGGCGUACACGUCGUACGCCCCGCUCUCUACUCGCGCCGGUUACAAGCACAACUCGAACAGGAUGAAGGCCGUCGUUGCCGUCUUUCUGUUCCAGCAGGCGCAGUUUUGUUUCGGCUUCGCACCAACUGAAAACGCCCGUUGGGUGCAUGCUCCCUUGUUCUUGUCCAUGAUACUUGGGAGCUCGUGGUUACUUGGCAAGCUGGAGGCGUAAUUGUACACAUAAUAUGAUUGUACCAACUCACCAUACGUGAUCGUAUACCAU